GUCCUGGGCCUCGAGCGGCUUCGGCGCUCCUUGAUGGCCGCAGAGCUCCUCGCUGGCCCUGGCGCCCGCCCACCUGGGCAGGGCGUUUGCUGGGAUUGAAAGAUAACGGGUUUCCACCCUGGGGCCGGGCCGCGCCUGCCUUCCCUGCCGUCGGCCGUCUCCUGGGCGUCCGCCCUCGCUUCCCGAGCCCGUCCCGGCGCUGGCAGAACCUUGUUUCAGACGGUGUCGCCGCACAGGUUUCUAGUUCCUGAAGUCCCCAGGCCUUCACCAUGGACUUCCAGCACAGACCUGGAGGCAAGACUGGGAGUGGGGGCGUGGCCUCCUCCUCUGAGAGCAACCGGGACCGCAGGGAGCGCCUGCGGCAGCUGGCCCUAGAAACCAUUGACAUCAACAAGGACCCAUAUUUCAUGAAGAACCAUCUGGGAUCGUACGAAUGCAAGCUCUGCCUGACGCUGCAUAACAAUGAGGGGAGCUACCUGGCUCACACCCAAGGGAAGAAACAUCAGACCAACUUAGCUCGGCGAGCUGCCAAGGAGGCCAAGGAAGCCCCCGCACAGCCAGCCCCCGAGAAGGUCAAGGUGGAGGUGAAGAAGUUUGUGAAGAUCGGCCGCCCUGGCUACAAAGUGACUAAGCAGAGGGACACAGAGAUGGGCCAGCAGAGCCUGCUGUUCCAGAUUGACUACCCUGAGAUUGCCGAGGGCAUCAUGCCCCGCCACCGCUUCAUGUCUGCCUACGAGCAGAGGAUCGAGCCCCCAGAUCGCCGCUGGCAGUACCUCCUCAUGGCUGCUGAGCCCUACGAGACCAUUGCCUUCAAGGUGCCAAGCCGGGAGAUUGACAAGGCUGAGGGCAAGUUCUGGACCCACUGGAACCGAGAGACCAAGCAGUUUUUUCUACAGUUCCACUUUAAAAUGGAAAAGCCACCGGCCCCACCCAGUCUCCCAGCCGGACCCCCAGGCGUCAAGCGGCCCCCACCCCCACUCAUGAACGGCCUGCCUCCUCGACCACCGCUGCCAGAUGCCUUGCCCCCACCUCCCCCUGGUGGCCUGCCUCUGCCCCCUAUGCCCCCCACAGGGCCUACUCCCUCUGGGCCCCCUGGACCUCCCCAGAUGCCUCCACCAGCGCCUGGGGUCCAUCCACCCACCCCGGUAGUCCACCCACCCACAUCUGGAGUCCAUCCUCCAGCCCCUGGGGUGCACCCCCCAGCACCUGUGGUCCACCCCCCAACAUCCGGGGUCCAUCCCCCAGCUCCGGGUGUGCACCCGCCAGCCCCUGGGGUGCACCCAGCAGCUCCAGGGGUGCACCCUCCCCCAUCAGCUGGAGUACAUCCUCAGGCUCCAGGGGUGCACCCGCCUGCUCCUGCAGUUCACCCUCAGGCCCCUGGGGUGCACCCCCCAGCCCCUGGUAUCCACCCUCAGGCUCCUGGGGUGCACCCCCAGCCGCCUCCUGGGGUCCACCCUGCGACCCCUGUGGUCCACCCUCAGCCUCCAGGGGUUCACCCCUCAAAUCCUGGGGUGCACCCAGCUCCUAUGCCCCCCAUGCUAAGGCCCCCACUCCCCUCAGAUGGCCCUGGGAACAUGCCUCCCCCUCCCCCAGGCAACUGAGCAGUGACCCCAGCAUCCUUUGCUGCCUGUGUGUGGCCUUCCCCGUGGCCAGUCCUUGGAAAGUUUUCUAUUUUGUCCUGUCCCGAGCCCAUUAAACAGCCUCCCCCGUG